CUUCGAGGUAAUGGCGUGUGCGGAGGAUCGUGCUCUUCUGACACUCAGCGAGGAGCUCGUUCGUCUGGAUCAGCAGAUCCAGCACCUGCUCGAGAGGCAGUCGGAGCUCCAUCGGCAGAGGACGAGGCUGGAGGAGUCCCGUGACGCCGCCUUCGCGGCCGUCUCCAACCCGGUGCUGCCGGCGCGGCGGACCCCGGCGGUCGUCUACUUCACCCCCGCUCCGGGAGGGGCCUGGGAGCGGCAGCGCGGCCGAGGAAAGCGGGUUUCCCCCCUACCUUCUCAGCCGGAUUUUGCCUCCGCAAACCGGUUUGAGGUCCUCAGCUCGUCGCCGUCGCCUCCUUCACCUCCCCCAGCCCCGAGGAAAACAGAUAAGGGCACUCGGGUCCUGGACGUCGCCCGGCGGCUUCCUACGGUGCUUCGGCAUCGCGGGGACCCCGGCACCGUCAUCCUGCAUGUGGGUACCAACGACACGUCCGCCCGGCGCAGUGAGGUCCUGAAGGAGCACUUCCGCACUCUUCUGGACACCGCUCGCAGACUGACCCGCGCCCGCCUCCUCAUCUCUGGUCCGAUGCCCACCUACCGCCGCGGGAGCCAGCCGUUCAGCCGCCUCUACGCUCUCCACUGCUGGCUGCGGGACUGGUGCUCUGCUAGUGGAGUUGGCUACGUGGACAACUGGGAGAGUUUUCGGGAGCGUCCAGCCCUCUUCCACCGAGACGGGCUUCACCCCAGCCGCCUGGGAUCCACCGUCCUCUCUGGUAACAUUGAGGCGGUGCUACGCCGGGACUGACUGGCUCUAACC